AAGCGUUUGAAUGCUCUUGGAAUUCUCCGCAAAAAAAGAAAAUAAUUUUAUUUUAAUUAAUUUUUAAAAGUACUUUGCAACAUGAUGCCGAUUUCGCUAAGGAGUAGGCCGAUAAUGAAACGUAGGAUGAGUAUAAGUGGAGCUAGGCCUUUGCCUAACCAUGCCAUAGAGAAAAUCAAGCAGCGCAAUUUUCCUGAAAAUCUCGAUCUGAGUAACCGUAGUACCGAUGAUGGACUAAGACGUCCAAUGGGUGAUAUGUACGGCUGGAAUGGAAACAAUUCUGGUGGACAAUUGGGUUUGAGUCGCAAUGCUCCUCCACCGCCGCAGAAUCUCGAUUGGAGUUCCUCCGGUCCCAGACGCAAUCUCUCUCCCGUUGGCAUGUAUGAUCGCAAUUUGUCCACCAACAUGAUGGGCUAUGGAAACUUUGAGAAUCAACGGCCCAGAGGUCGUGAAUCCAAUGAGUUUAUUCCAAACUCGUAUGCAGGAAGUCGUGAGCCGAGCGUUUUAUUCCGAAUGAUAACUUUUCACAACCAAUGGGUUUUCGAAACAUUCAGGAAGCAAUAUUUCGCAACAAACCGUUGAUGGGUAAUCAGCAUUCCAUGAGUAUGAGCCGUGAGCCACCUUCGAGAUUUGAUAAUCAUCGUGAGUUUACCAAUGAACAUUUUGGUACCGAAGGACAGCCGUUGGAAUAUCGCAGAGUUGAGCCAAUUCCCAGGACUCAAGAGUUGUUGUCUAAGGUUUUUACAAUUGCGGGAUUUAAGAUGCCCUAUGUGAGUGAUGUGGUGGGCAAGCUUCCCCAAAAGGAAUCAAAGUCCUAUGCAGUGCGGUUCUUCAAGAGGUCACCCGACUAUGUCAUUCGCUCGAAGAAAUCCAAGGAUGUGCCCAUCAUUCAGCACGUAUACAACGACAUGACCCUUGAUAUGAAUUUCAUGGAAGAGGAAUCCGGCGGCAAGGACAAUGCUACCGGUUUUCUGUCCAGUCGUUUUCGGGAAAACAUCGGCAAGGAGUGGACUAAGGUCUAUCGGGGCAGAGACUAUCCUAGCUGGGAUCGUUGGUGGCAGGAUAUCCGAAAUAUCGAUGUAGAUAAACGAUAAACGAGCAGGAAUGGCAAUAGUUAUCUGGGGAAUAUGAAGGUGGUGUUUAACCUAAUGGACCACACUCUCCUCGGAAAUCUGCAGGACAUUAUUCGCUCGGUGCCCAAUCAUUUGUGGAUCUACAGGCUGCGCUGCAUGAUCUACAUGUGGUAUAGCUUCAGUCGGGUUAUGAAGUCCACGGACACCGACGAUAGGAACUACCAGGUAAUCCUAAAGGAGUGGAACGGCCCCGUCAUCCACUGGCUGGCCAAGCAGGCCUUCUGGGAGCUCCGAAAUAUCAGCAAGCUGGAGUAUCCCGAAUACCGCGAUGUCUACGGCAAAAAUAGCAAGGAAGUCAAGAAAUAAAAUAUUUUAUGCUUGUAUUUUGAAG